UUCGUCUGCUUCAGUUUAAACCCUAAUUCUCUCGCGGGGCGACAAUGGGUAUAGAUCUGGUUGCGGGAGGCAAGAGCAAGAAAACUAAGCGAACGGCACCAAAAUCUGAAGAUAUCUAUCUCAAGCUUCUCGUUAAGCUCUACAGGUUUUUGGUUAGGAGAACUGAUAGCAAAUUCAAUGCUGUCAUUCUGAAGAGAUUGUUCAUGAGCAAGGUCAACAAGCCACCCCUGUCUCUCUCAAGGUUGAUUGAGUUCAUGAAAGGGAAGGAAGAUAAGAUUGCAGUGGUUGCUGGGUGUGUUACUGAUGAUACACGAGUUUAUGAAGUUCCUGCUUUAAAGGUGACAGCCCUGAGGUUCACAGAGACAGCUAGAGCUAGGAUUCUCCAGGCUGGUGGUGAAUGUUUGACUUUUGAUCAACUUGCUCUGAGGGCACCUCUGGGACAGAACACGGUUCUUUUGAGGGGGCCCAAGAACUCAAGAGAGGCAGUGAAGCACUUUGGCAAAGCACCUGGUGUGCCCCACAGUCACACAAAGCCAUAUGUUCGCUCCAAGGGCCGGAAGUUUGAGAAAGCUAGAGGGCGUAGAAACAGUCGUGGAUUCAGAGUGUAAGCACUUGAGUCAUGGACCUGGCUAAUUGAGAAAUUUUUAGGUAGAAUAUUUUGGAGUUUGUUCAUUUUGGAUUGUAUUGACCAAAGUUCCAUAUGUAUUUCCUUAUUAUUUUUGAGGAUUUUGAUGCAGUUAGUUUGAAUUUCAUUAAUUUAAAUGAUAAUCUUUUCAUCCUGAUGAAAAUUUAAG